UUGUGUGUAUGCACAAAAUGUAUGCAUACAUAUAAAUACGUACAAACAUAUAUAUAUAUACAUAGAGAGAGAGAGAGAGAGAGAGAGAGGAGUGUGCGAUAAUCAAUGGCGGUUUCAUCGAAGAAGGAACAUCAGCUGCAUCUGGUUUGGAUGCUGAUUUUGGUGCUAGGUCUUGCCGGAGCUCAAGGAAAUUCAAGGUUGGGAAGAAGGAGUGAAGAAGCUCUGGAUGACUCUGAAGAGGUUGCAAAAAUGGUAGAAAUGGCGAUCAGAAACAGCACGGAGAGGCGGAAACUGGGAUUCUUCUCCUGCGGGAGCGGCAACCCCAUCGACGACUGCUGGCGCUGCAACCGCAACUGGCAGCGCAACCGGAAGGCCCUGGCCGACUGCGGCAUCGGCUUCGGCCGCAACGCCAUCGGCGGCCGCGACGGCCGCUACUACGUGGUGACCGACCCCGGCGACGACGACCCCGUAAACCCGCGGCCGGGCACUCUCCGGCACGCCGUCAUCCAGGAGGAGCCUCUGUGGAUCACAUUCCGACGUGACAUGGUGAUCACUCUCAAGCAGGAGCUCAUCAUGAACAGCUUCAAGACCAUCGACGGCCGCGGCGCCAACGUCCACAUCGCCAACGGAGCCUGCAUCACCAUACAGUUCGUCACCAAUGUCAUCGUCCACGGCCUCCACAUACACGACUGCCGCCCCACCGGGAAUGCCAUGGUGAGGAGCUCCCCGUCCCAUUAUGGCUGGAGGACCAUGGCCGACGGGGACGCCAUCUCUAUAUUCGGGUCGAGCCACAUUUGGGUGGAUCACAAUUCACUCUCGAAUUGCGCCGACGGGCUCGUGGAUGCCGUCAUGGGGUCGAACUCCAUCACCAUUUCCAAUAAUUAUUUCACUCACCACAAUGAGGUUAUGUUGUUGGGGCAUAGUGACUCUUACAUGAGAGACAAGCAAAUGCAAGUGACCAUUGCAUUCAACCAUUUUGGGGAAGGCCUCAUUCAAAGAAUGCCAAGGUGUAGACAUGGAUACUUCCAUGUGGUGAACAACGACUACACUCACUGGGAAAUGUACGCAAUAGGGGGUAGCGCCGAACCCACCAUCAACAGCCAAGGCAACAGAUACCUUGCACCGGCAAAUCCCUUUGCAAAAGAGGUGACCAAGAGAGUGGAUACAGAUGACAACCAAUGGAAAGGGUGGAAUUGGAGAUCGGAAGGGGACUUGAUGCUGAACGGGGCUUACUUCACGUCUUCGGGGGCUGGCGCAUCAUCCAGCUACGCCCGAGCUUCCAGCUUGGGCGCCAAGUCCUCUGCCAUGGUUGGCCCUAUGACUUCUGGUGCCGGCGCCCUCGGUUGUCGCCCCGGACGCUUGUGCUAGCAAGCAAACACCCUUACUUACACUUACACCCCUAUUCACUAUAUAUAUAAAAAAAAGAAAGUCACACACAUAGCAUGAUCCAUGAUGGAUCAUAAAUGAACAAUUAUAAUUAUUGUUUCCAUGUUUUUUUUUUUUUUUUCAUUUGAUCCCUUACCUAUAUAUAAAUAGUAUUUUAAUUUGGUUUCUAAAUGAUGUGGUUACUGCUACAGUACAGUACAACACAGAGUUCAUCAGUCAGUAGAGAUAUGAUUGAUGAUAAUCGGCUCAGGCUCAACUCAUUGCGCGCAACCUCGGCCUGCUGCUCUUCUCCGAUCCGCCAUUAGGUUCAAAUCAAUUUUAUUGUUAGAAGUAGUGCAGGUGCGGAAGCGUUGUUGUUCAUUAUUUCUCUUAAUUCGAACUAGCUAGCUAGCUACUUCUUGUGUUAUAUAUAAAUAUAUACAUUCUCUAUUAUAUUC